AAUAAUCUUCCUUUGACACGCCCGGUUUGUAAUUAUUCAUGACGUAGCUGCGUAUAUUUGUCACAAAAGGGAGGACAUUUUGCUGCAGCAUCUGUAUUGAACCUUCGUAUGCGUUCCGGCGCCUGAAAACCAGCUUGAAGGAGACCGAAACCAGAAUAUUCAACAUGUCGGAUGAGGGAAAACUUUUCGUCGGAGGCUUGAACUUCGAUACCACCGAAGAAUCUUUGGAGUUGGCCUUUUCGAAGUAUGGCAAUAUUUCGAAAAUUGACGUGAUCAGAGACCGGGAAACGCACAGGUCGCGAGGCUUUGGCUUUGUGACGUUUGAAAACCCCGACGAUGCCAAGGACGCACUGGAAGGCAUGAACGGAAAGACAGUCGACGGCAGAACCAUCCGAGUAGACGAAGCUGGCAAGUCUGGAUCGAGGUCUGGUGGUGGAUAUAGAGGCGGACCCUCCGGCGGCAGAGGGGGCGGAUUCUUCAGAGGUGGCAGGGGUGGAAGAGGUGGGCCUGGUUAUUCGCGAGGUGGUGGAGGAUAUGGAGGUGGAGACAGGUCCUAUGGAGGUGAUCGGAGUUAUGGAGGAGACCGGAGCUAUAGCGGUGGUGACCGUGGCUACGGUGGUGGAUAUUCCCAAAGGAGUGGUGGCGGCGGAUACUCUGGCGGCGGCGGUGGCGGCUACUACAACAGAGAUAGGGGACAGUCUGGCUAUGGUGACCGCUCUGGAUCCUACAGGGACAGCUAUGACAGCUAUGCUGCACACGAAUAAAAAUCCCUCCUGAUUCAAGACCAUCCCUUCGCUGGCUGUAUUUAUAAAGAUGCGCUCUUCGAAGAAUUUUUGAGUUUUUUUUUUUUUUUUGUUUUUGUUUUGUUUGUUUUGUUCCUCCAAGUGGUUUUUUGUGAUGAAUGUAGUAUAAUUCUGUUUAAGCAGCAGAAGUCUCUCUAGCGAGCCCGUUUUUUUUUUUUUAAUUUAGAGUGGGCGUGUCAGCUUUAGGAGGCGACUACUCCUGUAGCAUUUAAUUUUGGUCAAUGUAUGAUGGCGAAAACUGUUCACGAAGGAUUCCUGUACUACGACCUCAUUGCUUAAUGUUGGCCCAGAGAAGGCAGUCUACAGGGAAACCCGGACUAAAACUUUACAGCUGUUUUUUUUAAAAACAAAUUUCUAUAGACAAACAGGCUUGUUCCAUGAGUAAGUCUGUAUAUUGUUAAACACAGCCUGGCAGCUUUUAGUUCUUUGAAACUCCCUGGCACCAACCCUCCAGCAGAACUUCACAUUCAAUUCCAAAUCCAAGAUUCAUCUCGAGUUUGUUCCCAGUGGAACAGCUUUAGUGUUCUGAAACCUUUCCCCUGUGAGUAUCUAUUCAAGCUCCCAACCCUAAAAGCUGAUCAGAUGGUGUUUUUUUGUUUUUUUCCCCCCCCUCUUUUAAAAUUUAUUCGGGAACCAUGACAAGCGAUAAUUUACCUGAAAGACUUAAUUCUCUUGGGUUCAGUUGCAUUUCUUUUGUCACAAGGUGGUUUGCCCCUUUCCAAUAAACCGCCUUUCUUUUAUUUAAAGAAAAAAAGUAAAUGGAAAAAGUGACUUGAGUUGGAUAAAACGUCAUAAGAUUGAAACUGGUACCAUGAAGUCUGGUCACUCGUGUGAAAGGCCAGCCAUUUCUGGCCGUUGCCCAAAGUUCUCCUGUUCUUUGCAACGUAUUGAAUUUUAAAUGUGCUCUGCUCUCAUGGACUGAAAUCUUCUGAACUUCAAGAACAAUGUUACUACCAAUAUUGUCCCUGCUUGGAAAGAUGUGCUUUCUGUUCUGUGUGUCUCCAAACAACCUUAAAGAAUCUCUUUUUGUAAACUCUGGCUUCAUGAAGCCUAUUAAACAGUUGGUUGAAAGUACUACUUGAUUUUCCUGUUGUGCCUCAAAACGAAUCCUGUGUGCCUCCUGGACAAAAAAAAAAAAGAUUGAAACCUCAGCCAAAGCCGUUGGGUAUGGGGUGGUCAAUUGCGACAAAGGAGGGAGUAAUUCUGGGUAGCCUGACUUCUAAGGAAGUAGUGAAGAGUUUGUUUAUCACAGUGUCUAGGCAAACUAGCCAGGAGACCUUAAGUUUGAUGAUACUCAAACUCAUUCACGACUGGACCCUCAAAUUUCAGUGCAGAAAUGAGAAGUUGCGGGGGGGUGGGGGUGGGGAGGGAAUUGGGUGAUGAGUUGGGCUGUUCUGCUGGGCGUUUCUGGUUGUGUUGUCCCAUAAUCCUUCACUGCGUCCAAGUGCUCUCUGCUACUGUUCGACUGGGUGGGGAAAAAACCGCCUUGUCCUUGGAGGAGUGUUGGGCCUACCGACAUGAGAACCGUGUGAGGCGCAAGCUGCUCUCUUGGCUAGUUCAUAUGUGGAGAUAGGCCUGUAAUGUGAGGUAAAUCCUUUUGCUCUCCUGUUCACAUCCUCCAGACUGAGUUCAUUUUUUAGUGUUCGUUGAAUCCUCCCUCCUACCCAUCAGUCCUCUCUUCCAAGAUGACAACUCUGGUUGUAGGUUUUUUUUUUUUCUUCCCCCUCAAGUGCUCCAUUAAACUGCAUGGUAAAUUGAGCGCUGUCUACUUUUAAUAUUCACUGCCCCCUCUCCAAGCUCCACCUCCAAAUCUUUGAAGGCAUCCUUAGAAGUGGCCAUUUUGGCCCCUGUUAAAGUUGAGCUUUGGCGUCCCCCCCCCCCCCCCCCCACAUCUCUAGUUCAGAUGCCCCCUCCCCCUUUGGUAAUCUUGCAGAUGAGGAGUUCUGCACCCAUUUUGGACCACUCCACUGCCCUCAAAAUGAGACAUUUUUCCUUUUCCCUUGGAAGUUCUCACUGAAACCAGAGGUUUUUUUUUUUUCCACUUAGACCUGAAUGGGUUUUUCACCCCCCUCCUUGUGCAUUUAAGUAAAACUUUGCUGUUAAAACUACAUCUAAAUCUGUAUUACACUUACUGUUCAGUGUUGCAUUUUUUAGCAGUGGGUGUCUUAAGACUAAAUGUCAGCAGUUUAGUACAGAGCCUGUUUGAGACAUGGUCACAUGCAUGUACUGAGGGGCAUUUGUAAGACUAGGCUUUAAAUUUGUAGCUCAUAGAUGGCUUGGAGCUGUGAACUCAUCUCUUGAAUUUGCCUUGUGUAGGUUGAGGGUAUCUGAGCGUCUGGAUUGAGCCGUGCAAGAUGAGAGCUGGUCAGCUGCGGUGACCGCUUUGGCCUGGUCCUCUGGAUGAGACUCUUCAGGCACUGAGCGCUGAGGAUAUUGGAGAGCACUUGGAUUUUUGGAGUCUGGCAGGCCUGCCGGCAGUGUGACUGCAGUCCUGUCCUGGGGACGCGUGGAACGUGGGGUUCUGCGCCCCGGUCUUCAUGCAGAAUGUGCAUUUUUGGGCCCCCCACUGCAGUCACCUGAGUUUUGAUGACUUAUUAAAUUAUUUAUUUUA